UGGCAAUAUAUCCCAGCAAAAAGAGGGGGCAGAGGAAGCGAAUGGUUAUCCCUCACACCGACGCUCCUGUUUCACUUGUUGCAAUGCUUUUUUCUUCUAUUUAUACAGAAUCAUUCAAUGUAUAAAGCUUAUUUCUUUGUUGGCUGCUCCACCGUCACAAUCAAAUGACAGUCUAGUGCCAGAAAAGUAUAAACCUAGAAAUAGAGAGAGAGAGAGGACAAUUGUGUGAUGAUUCAUUCUUGAUGUUGAGUCUUGUUUUUGCUGUUCAUGAAGAAUCUUGAUCUGGGCUACUGUAAAAAUGUCAUCUUUACAGCAAUCCGGGGAUGUUAAUUUAGAAUCAGCUAACACCACUCAUGUCUGCGGCGGCGGCGGCGGUGGUGGUUGUCCGGCAGUAGUAUCCGCCGAGAGAGGAGGUGAUGCGCCGCCUUCCUCUAAUGGAAAUGAGAUUAUUGUUAAUGUGAAUGAGAAGAAUGAGAGGAGGGAUUCAAAUGUUUCAGAGUACUCAGUGGAGAUGGUGGAUCUGGAAUCUGGUGCAGAGGAAUCUAAGCUGCAUCUGACAAGAAUCAUCAAGGAUUGCAGGAUUUGCCAUCUCAGCAUGGAUGCAACCAAUCAGGAAUCUGGGAUCCCUAUUGAGCUAGGUUGUUCUUGUAAGGAUGAUUUGGCUGCCUCCCACAAACAAUGUGCAGAAGCAUGGUUCAAGAUUAAGGGAAACAAAAUCUGUGAGAUAUGUGGCUCUAUAGCACAAAACGUCGUUGGUGUAAAUGAGGCAGACUUGAUCAUGGAACAAUGGAAUGAAGCAAAUGAUGCUGAAGCAGCUGCUGCAACUGCCCCGACUCGUGCACCCAUUUUGGAGUCUCGAAAUUUCUGGCAAGGUCAUCGUUUUUUAAACUUUUUGUUGGCUUGUAUGGUGUUUGCAUUUGUAAUCUCCUGGCUAUUCCACUUCAACGUACCCUCGUGAUUCUAACACGAGAGGUGAAAAGGCGAAAUACCCGUGAAUUGUGAGAUAUUUUUCGUGUAUUCGCUGCUAGGUUGUGUAUAAAUAGUGUGGUAGAGAGGACUGAGAUGGUUUUGUGCAAGUGUACAUUAUUUUCUCAAACCCUUUUUAAUGUAUGAUUAUAUUAAGGUGGCAUGCCUCUGAUAUUGA